GAGAAAGAAACGGCACCUCUUACUACCAAGGUCGUGGAACCAUCACCCGGUAUCAAGUAUACUGACAUAAUGGGCAGUAACGAGGCUCAAAUAAUUGAAAAAACUGAGCAUCCGGGAGAGUGCUACAGCAGACGAGAUAUAAUCCUUACUGCCUUUGGUGCCUCUAUUGCAGUGGUUAUAGUCGUGGCCGUCAUCUGGAUGAUUCGUAAGGUUCGAAAACGAUGCCAAAAAAGGAAAUUCGAUGACCAUGAGGGCUACCUGCCAGGUUUACCGAUGGGUCACUCACAACCAGUCGUAGGCAACGGGUACGCUGUCACCGGUGAUUCGGAUGACGACUCGACAGGAGAUUCCAGAGCGUAGUCGAUGUCGGUUUAACUCUAUCAAUCGACGGUUGAUCAGGAACUAUUCUUAACUCUUUAAAUACCUCGGUCAUGACGAUGUGCUGUAACAUGUUAACAUCUAUGGCAUACAGGGAUUUUUG